GAUGUCAGCAUAUGUUUCGGCUUUCGUAAUUCGCGAGAAGACCCGUCGUCGUUAGUACUUCUUGUUCCUCUUAUUGCGGGUGAAAAUGGCGUCCUUGGUGGCAAGUGGUGUUCGUCUUUUAGCUAGAAGAAACGCCGGUCUCAGGAACUCGCUCGAUCGGUUGCGUUCUGCUCGUGUCACACUUGCCACACUACCAGGAUGCGAGCAGCGGAUGCUGCAUUGUGCCACGCAAAUCGCUCUUGUGAACGCGUCGCAGGGCUUAACGGACACACGCAUCAAGCAGGUGCGCCACUACAGUCAUAAGGCUCCGCUAACCAUUGACCUUAUCAGUCAGCGAGUACUCUUGGUUUUAAAACUUUAUGAUAAAGUUGAUAUUCAAAAGCUGACUUUGGAGUCACAUUUUAUGAAUGACUUGGGUCUCGAUUCUCUGGACCAUGUGGAGAUUAUCAUGGCAAUAGAAGACGAGUUUGGUUUCGAGAUCCCAGACAUGGACGCGGAGAGAUUAUUAAGACCUGCGGACAUAGUACGUUAUGUAGCUGACAAGGAAGAUAUAUACGAUUAACGUACUUUAUAUUUAUAUGUACACGUUUAGUCAACAUCUGCCGUUGCUCCAUCAGGGAGUAAUGAAUCACAGCAUCUUAUUUUGCUGUCAUUGUUUUUUCUGUAUAUAGAUCAAUCAUCAUUAUAUGAAUAAAGUAAGUGAAUUGUUAGAUUGAA